AUGACGACGGCAGGUGGACAAGGAGGAAACGAUUUCGAGACAUCGUCAGCGAUUAUUCCGACGAAUGCAAAACAUUCAGCAACGACAACGUCAUCAUCCACUCAGGAAGCUGAACAUAUCUAUACAUUCUAUGAUGACAUUAAGUUCAUCCCUGAUAUACACGAAAUUGCCGCAUCAGCACAAAAUGUUGUACAAAAUACUAUUACUAACAUGAAGAAAUUUCUAUUGAAAUUUCGUGAUUUCAAACAUCUAUGGCGAUCAGAUAAAUUGGCGUUUGUCGAGAAAUUCUUUGCAAAACAUCCAUCGUUAGGUGCUUUCGACGAAGAAGUAACAAAAUAUCAAAAGAAUUUGGAUGACUUGACAGCAAUGAACCGUUUGAAAGAUUUCGAUUUCAUGCAAUUGAAUUUGCAUUCGUUCUUAAAUGAUUUAACUACUCAUGCCCGAGAGACGAUCAAUAUGUUUAAUCGGUUUCUUGCUGAUGAAGCUCGAGCGAGAUUAUUUGAACUACGUGAUAAACUUGAUGAAUACGAAAAGAAUCUCAAGUUAUCGACAGAUACGUUAGAAGAUUUGAAAUUUGUCUUACGAACUAUUGCAGAAAUCCAAAGUCAAUCCGAUUUGAUCGAAGCAAAAACCAAUGAUGUCAAAGACAAAUAUAAUUUACUUGAAUCUUAUCAUUACAAAGUCACGGAUGAAGAAAGAGCGAUUCUUCUGUCGCUGAAACGACGAUGGGAUGAAAUCUUUCUCAAUUCGAAACAUCGUGAUGUUAAUCUCAAACGUGUUAAAAGUCGUUUCACCGAAAUUACUCUUAUUCAACUUGAUCGUCUACGCAAAUCAAUCAUUGCUUUUGCAGAGAAAUUCGCUAAGUUUGGUCCUGGUUCAAUUAAAAUUGCCGAUGAGUUAUCACAAGGUUUAAAAUUAAUGAAAAUCUAUCGUGAUGAACUAACGAAGAUCGAAGCCGAAAAACAAGAAUUAACCAAUGCUGAGAAACUCUUCAAUCUACCGAUCUCAUCCUAUCCGGAAUUGUAUGUUGUUCAAAAAGAAAUGAAAAAUUUAGAAAAACUCUACCAAUUGUACGAAUCACAAAUCAAGGCUCGACAAGUAUGGUCGGAAACAUUAUGGCGUGAUUUAGACGUGCAAUUACUGGUAGACGGUAUUGAAAAUUUCAUCAAAGAACUGAAGAAAAUGCCACGCGAAGUGAAAGGGAUGCCAUUAGCGAAAUUAAUCGAAACCGGAAUGAAAGAAUUCCGCGAAUCAUUACCAUUGAUGUUAGACUUGAAAAAUGAAGCUCUACGUGAACGCCAUUGGCGCACACUGAUGAAAGAAACAAGUAUCGAAUUCGAUAUGAACCCAGAAUCGUUUACAUUAGAAAACCUCUUCCAAAUGAACUUACAACGUUUCAACGAUGUCAUUCAGAAUAUCGUUACGUCCGCCACGAAAGAACUUCAAAUUGAGAAGGGCGUACGGGAAGUUGUCGACGCAUGGGAGAAAGUGAAAUUCAAUGUCGUUAAGUAUGUGAAAGGGAACCAAGAUCGUGGUUAUGUAUUGGGAGCUUGUGACGAAGUUCUUCAACAAUUAGAUGAUCAUACUAUGGCUUUGCAAGGUAUGGCUGGUUCAAGAUACAUCGGACCAUUCUUAAAAACUGUACAAGAGUGGGAGAAGAGUUUAUCACAUAUUGCUGAAGUUAUCGAAUUAUGGAUCAACGUACAGCGUAAAUGGACAUAUCUCGAAGGUAUUUUCGUUAGUGGAGAUAUUCGUUCACAAUUGCCCGAAGAAGCGAAGAAAUUCGAUGAAAAAAAUAAACUAUUCAAAUCAAUCAUGGCUGACACAUAUCGUGAUCCGUUAAUUAAAAAACAAUGCCAUGUACCCAGUCGUUUACCUGAUCUAGAAUCAAUCUUUGUCGGUCUUGAACGUUGUCAAAAGAGUUUAAACGAUUAUCUCGAUUCGAAACGAAACGCUUUUCCACGAUUUUUCUUCAUUUCCGACGAUGAACUUCUCUCCAUUUUGGGUUCAGCUGAACCAUCAGCUAUUCAAGAACAUAUGAUUAAAAUGUUCGACAACAUCGCCAGUCUUCGGCUGAUUAAAGUCAGUGAUACAAUCACCCAAGCCCAAGCGAUGAUCUCCGCAGAGAAAGAAGAAAUGCAGUUUAAACAGAGCGUUGUCACCGAAGGACGAGUCGAAGAUUGGAUGACGAAAGUUUUAGAAGAAAUGAGACGAACAAAUCGAUUGAUUACGAAAGAAGCCGUCUAUUAUUAUCGUUUUCGAAAAACACGAGCAAGCUGGAUGUAUAACUAUCAAGGAAUGGUCGUACUCGCUGCUAAUCAAAUCUGGUGGAGUUGGGAAGUUGAAGACACAUUCAACAAAGUCGCCAAAGGACAAAAGAUGGCAAUGAAGAAUUAUGCUAAACAAUUGAACACACAGAUUGAAGAAGUCGUUGCUGAAAUUCGAAAUCCGUUAGCUAGUAAUGAUCGGAAGAAAUUUAACACUGUCCUCAUUAUCGAUGUUCACGCGAAAGAUAUUAUCGAUGCUUUCGUUCGAGACAGUAUUUUGGAUGCACGUGAAUUUGAAUGGGAAAGUCAGUUGAGAUUUUAUUGGGUUAACGAACCUGAUGAAUUAAUGAUUCGACAAUGUACUGGAGAAUUUGGUUACGGUUAUGAAUAUAUGGGUUUAAAUGGUCGUCUAGUCAUUACACCACUUACUGAUCGAAUUUAUUUGACAAUCACACAAGCUCUGUCAAUGUACCUGGGUUGUGCACCAGCUGGUCCUGCCGGUACGGGCAAAACUGAAUCCGUAAAGGAUUUAGCCAAAGCACUUGGUAUUCUCUGUGUGGUAACCAAUUGUGGUGAGGGUAUGGACAGUUUGGCUAUUGGUAAAAACUUGAAUGGUCUAUGUCAAAGUGGUGCUUGGGGUUGUUUUGAUGAAUUCAAUCGAAUUGAUGCAUCAGUCUUAUCAGUCAUUUCAUCCCAAUUGAAAACCAUCCAACAAGGUUUAAUUACCAAAGCAAAACGUUUUGUUUUUGAAGGAGUUGAAAUUGAUCUUGACUCGCGUGUUGGAGCAUUUAUUACAAUGAAUCCUGGUUAUGCUGGUCGAACAGAAUUACCUGAAUCUAUCAAAGCUCUGUUUCGACCAGUCGUCGUCAUCGUACCAGAUCUACAACAAAUCUGUGAAAUUAUGCUUUUCUCCGAAGGAUUUUCUUUAGCCAAAAUGUUGGCAAAGAAAAUGGUCGUCCUAUAUAAACUAUCUCGUGAACAAUUAUCGAAACAAUACCAUUAUGAUUUUGGUCUUCGUGCCUUGAAAUCAGUUUUGGUCAUGGCCGGUGAAUUGAAACGAAAUUCAGCUGAGCUACCAGAAGACAUUGUCUUAAUGCGUGCCUUACGUGAUAUGAACAUGCCGAAGUUUGUCUACGAAGAUGUACCACUAUUUCAAGGUUUAAUCACUGAUCUAUUCCCUGGCUUGAAAUGCGAUCGUGUUACUUAUCCAUUAUUCGACAAAGCCGUACGAGAAUCAAUCGCUCAUAUGCACAACGUUGUCGAUGAAGUACAAGUUGAUAAAGUUGUACAGUUAUACGAAACAAUGAUGACACGUCAUUCGACUAUGGUUGUCGGACCGACAGGUGGUGGAAAAAGUACGGUUAUCAACACUCUAGUUCAAGCACAGACAAGAAUGGGUUUACCGACGAAAGUAUAUACAUUGAAUCCCAAAGCGUGUUCGGUUAUUGAAUUGUAUGGAUUUUUGGAUUUGGCAUCUCGGGAUUGGACUGAUGGCUUACUAUCGAAUAUUUUCCGUGAAAUAAAUAAAGCAACCGAUAAGAAAGAGCGUCGAUAUAUUUUAUACGAUGGUGAUGUCGAUGCCCUUUGGAUUGAAAACAUGAACUCAGUCAUGGAUGAUAACAAACUGUUGACAUUAGCUAAUGGCGAACGUAUCCGUUUACAACCACAUUGUGCGAUGAUGUUCGAAGUUGGAGAUCUACAAUAUGCAAGUCCGGCUACAGUUUCACGUUGUGGCAUGGUUUUCGUUGAUCCAAAAGAUUUGAAAUACCGACCAUUCUGGACACGUUGGUGCAACCUACGUGAGAAAAAAGAAGAACAAAAACUACUCAAUGAAUUAUUUGAUAAAUUCGUUCCACCGUUGAUUACAUUAAUCUUAGAAGGUGUUAUCGAUGGUAAACAAGGAGAAAAACUCAAACAAAUUAUUCCAUUAACAAAUCUCAAUAUGACAAGUCAAUUAUGUUACAUGCUUGACAGUCUUCUUCAACCUUAUGAAAAUACGAGCGAAGCGCUUGAUGCCAAUAUGUACACAUGCUUCUUUCUUCAAGCACUGUAUUGGUCAUUAGGUGCUGGUCUAACCGAACAAGCACGUGUCAUUUUUGAUACCCAAGUUAAAUAUCUCGCGUCAAUCAAUAUCGUUGACGAAGGUCCGAACGGCACUGCUAAGAUGGAUGAAUUGCCAUCACAUGAACAAACAUUGUUUGAAUAUUUCUUUGAUGCAACAAAAGGAUAUUGGAUAUCAUGGAAACGACUCGUACCGAAGUAUCAACAUAAUCCCGAGAAAAAGUUCUAUGAGAUUUUAGUUCCAACUAUCGAUACAUGUCGAAGUGAUUGGCUACUACAACUAUGUUAUCGUAUCAAACGACCAGUUCUAUUCGUUGGUGAAUCGGGUACUUCUAAAACUGCAACUAUCACAUCAUUCUUACGAAAAUUGAAUGCAGAUUUGAAUCUGUUGUUGAACAUCAACUUCUCAUCGCGAACAUCGUCGAUGGAUGUCCAAAGAAAUUUCGAAUCAAAUGUUGAAAAACGUACAAAGGAUACUUUUGGACCGCCGCCUGGAAAGAAACUAGUCGUCUUUAUUGACGAUCUCAACAUGCCGAAAGUCGAUACGUAUGGCACGCAACAGCCAAUCGCUUUGCUGAAACUAUUACUUGAAAAAGGUGGUAUGUACGAUCGCGGAAAGGAUCUGAACUGGAAAAAAUAUCAAGAUAUGAUCUUUAUUGCUGCUAUGGGAAAACCUGGUGGUGGAAGAAAUGAUGUUGAUCCACGAUUUAUUUCACUGUUCAAUGUAUACAACAUCACAUUUCCAUCUGAAGAAUCAUUAUUUUCAAUCUAUAACUCGAUUCUCGAAGGACAUUUACAACCAUUCAAUAAGGAGGUACAAGAUAUAGCUCCAAUAUUGACUCGAAUGACGAUGGAACUUUAUCAUGCCAUUUUGGAUGCACUUCCACCUACUCCAUCGAAAUUUCAUUAUAUUUUCAAUCUUCGAGACUUGAGUCGAAUAUUCAAUGGUUUAGUACUUACAACACCUGAUCGAUUUCCAACAGCUGCUCUCCUGGCACGUGUUUGGCGCAAUGAAUGCUUACGUGUACUCUACGAUCGUUUAAUUGAUGUCCAAGAUCGAAAAUUUAUUGACGAUAAAUUACAAAGUCUUGUCGACGAUCAGUCAUUAUUGAAACCGCAUAGUGAACUUAUCUUUCGUCAACCAUCUCUAUUUGGUGACUAUCGAACCGCACUCGAUAUUGGUGAAGCACAAAUCUACGAAGAUAUCGUUGAUUACGAAGCAGCUAAAGCAAUAUUUGAAGAAAUUCUAGCAGAAUAUAACGAACAAUUCACUCGAAUGAAUCUCGUUUUGUUUGAAGAUGCUCUUGAACAUUUAACUCGCAUCUAUCGUGUCAUUCGUAUGGACAAAGGCAAUGCAUUGUUAGUCGGUGUUGGUGGUAGUGGAAAAGCUUCAUUGACACGUCUGGCAGCAUAUGCAGCGCAUUGUGAAGUCUUCGAAAUCAAACUUAGUCGUGGUUAUAGUGAAUCACAUUUCCGUGAAGAUUUGAAAGUUCUCUACAAUAAACUUGGCACGGAAAAUAAGAAAGUAGUUUUCAUGUUUGGUGAUCAACAUGUUGCGGAAGAAGGCUUUUUGGAAUUAAUCAAUAAUAUGUUAACAACCGGUAUGGUACCUGCCCUCUAUGCUGAUGAAGAACGUGAAGGAAUCAUUUCGAAUAUACGAGACGAAGCUAUGAAAAACGGUGCCAGCCCAGCAAAAGAAAGCAUUUGGCAAUAUUUUGUCACCAAAUGCUCCGUUAAUUUACAUGUGGUUCUAUGCAUGUCACCUACAGGUGAUACUUUACGAACACGCUGUCGAAACUUUCCAGGUUUGAUUAACAACGCGAUUAUCGACUGGUUCUUACCUUGGCCUGAACAAGCUUUGUAUGCCGUAUCAACAACACUGAUUUCAGAAGAUUUUAUAUUUCCGUCUGUGCGGAAAGCUUUUAACGAAUUUAUUCCGAAAGAAUUCCGUCAGGCUAUUGUUACGCAUAUGGUUAUGGUUCAUCAAUCCGUUGAACAUUAUAGUGAACAGUUUGCGAAAAAACUUCGUCGACAUAAUUUCACUACGCCGAAGAACUAUUUGGAUUUCAUUUCAACGUAUCUCAGAUUACUUGAGCGAAAGAAUAAAGAGAAUCUAGCACAGCAACAACGUCUCGCUGGUGGUUUGGAGAAGAUUGAUGAAGCUCAGAUUGAAUUAAAAGAACUUGAUGCUCGUUUACAAGUGCAACGAAAAGAAGUGUUGAAACGUUCGGAAGAAUGUCAGAAAUUACUCUCGGAAAUCGCAGAGAAGACCGCAUCAGCUCGUGAAAUGGAAGGUGAAGCAAUUGAGAAGAAGAAAUCAUUGGAUGUGAAACAGGCAGAAAUCGCUGUGAAAAAGGGUGAAGCUGAUGUUGAGUUAGCUGCAGCUUUACCAGCUUUAGAAGAAGCAAGAAAAGCAGUUCGAGAAAUUACAAACAAUCAAGUAGCUGAAAUUCGAGGUUUUAAACAACCUGCUGUUGCUGUCGCUACGGUUUGUCGUUCCGUACUUGCAAUCUUACGUCCAUCAGCUGCUGAUACCUGGGCAGAAUGUCAAGCCAUGAUGGCUGAUGUUGGUUUUCUCAAGACAUUAAUGGAAGUUCCUAUUGAAAAAUUAUCGCAAUCAACUGAACGAAAACUACGCACUAUUCUAGAAAUCUUGGAAGAAAGCUUGUUGAAAGAUGUCAAUAAUGUUGUACCAGAUCCAGCAAAGAAAAACGAAUACUUGAUUCAAUUGAUGGGUAAGAAAUCUCUCGCUGGUGCUGGCAUGUACAAAUACUCUCAGAACGUCUUGAAUUGCGUUCGAGUAUAUCGUGUUGUCAAACCUAAACAAGAUUUGGUCAUGCGAUUACAAGCCGAAGCUAAACGUGCAUCGGAUGAAUUGACAGCCACGCAAAAUCAAAUUAGUGAUUUACAGAAAACAUUAUCAGAUCUAAAUAAAACAUAUGAGGAAGCUAUGGAGAAGAAACGAGUUAUCGAAGAAGAAACAGCGAUUAUGGAACGACGAAAGAUCGCUGCGGAUAAACUUAUUUCGGGUCUGUCAUCCGAAAAACAACGUUGGAAUAAUGAUCUAGAGGAAUUAAAACGUAAACUACGUCGACUACUUGGUGACACACUAAUCUGCGCUUCGUUUCUUGCUUAUGUCGGUGCAUUCACAUUCGAAUUCCGUAAAGAACUAAUCUGCGAACUAUGGGAAAAAGAUCUUCUAGAGAAAGAAGUGCCUCUCUCUCAGCCAUUACGUUUAGAUGAAUUGUUAACAAGUGAUGUCGAAAUCUCGAAAUGGUCAAGUGAAGGUUUACCGCCUGAUGAAUUAUCCGUUCAGAAUGGUAUCUUAACAACUCAAUCGAGCCGUUUUCCGUACUGUAUCGAUCCUCAGCAACAAGCUUUGAAAUGGAUUAAAAAACGUGAAGAGAAAAAUAACUUGAAAAUCUUAACUUUUCAUGAUAGUGACUUCCUAAAACAUUUGGAAAUGUCUAUUAAAUACGGUUUUCCAAUCUUAUUUCAAGAUUGCGAUGAAUAUAUCGAUCCAGUUAUUGACAAUGUCCUCGAAAAGAACAUUCGAGGUACUGAAGGACGACAAUUCGUCGUCUUAGGUGAUAAAGAAGUGGACUAUGAUCCAUCAUUUCGUCUUUACUUAACAUCAAAGUUACCAAAUCCACGUUUAACACCUGCACAUUUCGGUAAAUCGAUGGUUAUCAACUAUACAGUUACAUUGAAAGGUCUCGAAGAUCAGUUAUUAGCUGUUAUUGUGAAAAAUGAACGACGAGAAUUAGAAGAGCAGCGUGAACGUCUCAUACAAGAAAUGUCGGUUAAUAAGAAGUUAUUGAAGGAUCUCGAAGAUGCACUUCUACGUGAAUUAGCAAACUCAACUGGUAACAUGUUAGAUAACACUGAACUGAUUUCAACGUUAGACGAAACCAAAUCGAAAGCUGAUGAAGUCAAUGAAAAACUUCGUCUGGCUUUGAAAACAUCCAAAGAUAUCGAACGACUUCGUGAUGGUUAUCGUCCAGCUGCUAAACGUGGUGCCAUUCUCUUCUUUGUUCUUUCGGAAAUGUCAUUGAUCAAUACAAUGUACCAAUAUUCAUUAACGGGUUAUCUCGAAGUAUUCGAAUUCUCUCUGCGAAAAUCCAUUCCCGAUUCGAAUCUCGAACGUCGAUUGAAUAACAUUAUGGGUACAUUAACACUGAAUGUUUACAAUUAUGGUUGUACGGGUAUAUUUGAAAAACAUAAACUUCUAUUUUCGUUCAAUAUUACAACUAAACUCGAACAAGAUCGAGGAAAUGUCGCACAAGAUGAAUUGGACUUCUUCAUCAAAGGAAAUCUAUCAUUGGAGAAAUCGAAACGGAAGAAACCAUUCGCAUGGAUACAAGAUCAAACCUGGGAAGAUUGUGUGCGCCUAGCACGAGACUUUUCUCAAUUUACAACUUUACUUGAUGAUGUCGAAAACCAUGAACAUGACUGGAAAAAAUGGUACGAUAGUGAUACACCGGAACAAGAGGAACAUUUUCCGAUGAAUUAUAGCGAACGUUUAACUCCUUUCCAAAAUCUCAUGAUGUUGCGAUGUUUUCGAGUUGACCGAAUCUAUUUAGCCGUAACACAAUACGUAACGAAAGUGAUGGGCGAUCAAUUUGUCACACCACCAGUCAUUCAUUUCGAAGCCAUUUGGGAACAAAGUACACCAGUGUCACCGAUUAUCUUCAUUCUAAGUCCUGGUAGCGAUCCAACAACAGAUCUAUUGAAAUUAGCUGAACGCACCGAAUUUGGUGUAGCCAAAGUCAAAUUGUUAGCUAUGGGUCAAGGACAAGAAAAGAUUGCUAUUAAUCUAAUGGAACAAGCCAUCAGUCGUGGCCAUUGGCUAAUGUUACAAAAUUGUCAUUUAUUAGUUAAAUGGCUUAUUGAACUUGAAAAACAUUUAGAUAAAAUGUCGAAACCACAUCCUGAUUUUCGUUUAUGGUUAACAACUGAACCAACACCAUUGUUUCCGAUCGGUAUUUUGCAACGUUCAUUGAAAGUCGUUACUGAGCCACCGAAUGGUUUAAAACUUAAUCUACGUAACACGUAUUUCAAAAUUUCCGGACAAGCAUUCCAUGAUUGUCCACACGAAGCAUUCCCGUCGUUGGUAUUUGUUUUGGCAUUCUUCCAUGCUGUCGUACAAGAACGUCGAAAAUACGAUAAAAUUGGUUGGAACGUUUCGUAUGAUUUCAAUGAAUCAGAUUUUCGUGUCUGUAUGACAAUUCUCGACACAUAUCUGAAGAAAUCAAUUGCCAAUAAUGAUCCAAAAAUUCCGUGGGGUUCAUUGAAAUAUCUUAUUGGUGAAGUUAUGUACGGUGGUCGUGCUAUUGACGAGUUCGAUCGUCGUGUUUUGCGAACAUAUAUGAAUGAAUACAUGGGAGAUUUCAUAUUCGAUACGUUUCAACCGUUCUAUUUCCAUCGUACAGAAGAUGUGGCUUAUUAUAUUCCAUCAGCAAAUGAAGAACAUCCAGCAACUGUUGGAUUACCAGUAAAAGAUGCUGCAUUAGAAUACAUUGAAUCGUUGCCACUGACGAAUACUCCGGAAGUGUUCGGUUUACAUCCCAAUGCUGAAAUUGGAUAUUACACAAAAUCUGCCCGAGAUAUGUGGGAACAAUUAAUCGAAUUACAACCUCAAUCAGCCGAAGCCAGUGGUGGUAUGAGUCGUGAUGAGUACAUUGAUAACACAGCAGCCGAUAUCAUAAAACGUAUUCCACAACAGUACGAUGUUGACAAAGUCUGGAAGAAGUUCGGUGGUGAAGCAAUCUCACCAACAUCCGUCGUACUCUUACAAGAACUCGAUCGCUUCAAUCGCUUGACUCUGACGAUGUCGAAAUCGUUAGCAACGUUACGGCGAGCAUUGAAAGGUGAAGUUGGUAUGUCCAAUGAAUUGGACGAUCUCUCUCGAGCACUCUACAAUGGUCAAUUACCACCCAUGUGGAGACGUCUAGCACCAGCAACAAAGAAAAAUCUUGCAAAUUGGAUGGAUCAUUUUCUUCGUCGAAAUCAACUCUAUAGUGGAUGGAUCAACGAUGGCGAACCCAAUGUCGUCUGGUUAUCUGGCUUUUCAAUUCCUGAAUCUUAUUUAACUGCGCUUGUACAAGCAACAUGUCGAAAGAACGGUUGGCCAUUAGAUAAAUCAACAUUAUACACUCAAGUCACCGAAUGGGAAACACCAGAAGAUGUCAAUGAACGUGCACAUCAAGGUUGCUUUGUCACUGGUCUUUAUCUCGAAGGUGCAUCAUGGGAUGUGGAAAAACGUUGUUUGACACGACAGAAACCGAAAGUACUCAUUCAACCAUUGCCAGUUAUGAAAGUUAUUCCAAUUGAAUCGCAUAAACUUAAACUACAAAAUACAUUCCGAUGUCCAGUAUAUGUUACAAGUGACCGACGAAAUGCCAUGGGCGUUGGUCUUGUUUUUGAAGCUGAUUUAUCGACACACGAACACAUUAGCAAAUGGGUUCUACAAGGUGUUGCUUUGAUUCUCAAUACAGAUUAA